AAUGGCGCCUGAAAUACAUCAACAAAGAAGGUCGUAAAAUAAACCUAAACGUCGUCUAUAAAGACUGUCAGAAUGAGACUCAAGGAAUUGGAGGGGUACUUACAGCAAGUCGAUGUGUUUGAGAAGCCUAAAGUUCACUUGGAACAAUAUCCAACCACAGCUCACAUCGCAUCUCAUCUGCUCUACACUGUAGAUCAAACGUUCGGGGACAUCGAAGGCAAACUCGUGGCCGACCUGGGCUGUGGCUGUGGGGUGCUCAGUGUAGGUUGUGUUAUGAUGGGAGCUGCUAUGUGUGUAGGGUUUGAUAUAGAUAAAGACGCUCUGGAAAUUGCGUCUAGGAAUUGCGAAGAAUUUGAACUGGAAUGUGUGGAUUUUGUCCAGACAGACAUUACGAGGUUAUUGGGUACUCAAGAUAGCGGCUGGCGGAAGAAGUUUGAUACAGUUAUUAUGAACCCCCCAUUUGGAACUAAAAAUAAUUCAGGUAUUGACAUGCUGUUUGUGGAGACUGCUCUUGCCCUCAGCACUAAAGCAGUCUAUUCCCUGCACAAAACCUCCACCAGACCUCACAUAACAAAAAAGGCAACAGAAUGGGGUGUUGAGAUGGAAGUUCUGGCUCAACUGAGAUAUGAUUUACCCAAAUCAUACAAAUUCCACAAGAAAGCAUCAGUUGACAUUGAAGUAGAUCUUAUAAGGUUUAGUAUCCCUUAGCAAAUUCCUCAGGAAUUGGAUUAUUGAGUACACAAAAAAUAAUUAAUAUUGAAUUAGGGAGAGUAAGUGCCUUCCCUGCUAACAGAGGCCUCUUUUCCCUUGGCGUUCGCGAGUGCCAGCCCACCGAAAUAUAGAGAAGAGAGGCCUCUGCCAGCAGGGAAGUGAGUACCAAAAGAUCCUGUAAAUUAUAUUCACAUUUUGUUGAAAAAUCUAACUGACUAUUUGUUUGAUAACAAAAUAUAUCGUACAAACAAAACAGCCACUCUCAAAGACCAAAUGAUCAACCUCUAACUUUGAAAUAGUUAGGCUUUGGGAAGUACUCUAGAGGAGAAGAUCCACCCAUUCUCAUCCUCUCAAAAAAUGAGGAGGACAAACAGCAACUUUAAGUGGUAUUUUUAGAGAGAUUAAGAGGAACUCUGCCUUGUUAACACCCAAAUGGAACAAUUUAUUGUCAUUCCACGUGGCCGCAAGAGUGCUCGAUGAUGACAUACGAAAGGGGAAGAGGUUAUUGGAUAGGAAAAAGAAGAGUAAUGAUACUUUUAAAAGAAGUCCGGUUCUUUCUACGUGGUUUGUCUUUGCAGGGCGCGAGAGUGCUCUAUGAUUACCUACGGAAAAGGAAGUGGUUAGCAGAUAGGGGAGAGAGAGGUAUUUCUAGAAGGUGAUGUAAAGCGCCUUGGCACUGUCUGCUGUUAAAUACUCCUGUCAUAACAGGAACCGCACCCAUAGGAAUCACCACCAAUGCAUGGUCCAUCUGUUUUAGAGAAACCGUACGUGCGGAGUAAUAGAUAUCCCAACCCAGCAGCUUACGCUGUCAGCACAGAGAGAAUCGUGACUUAGCCACAUAGCACCUUUUUUUACCAAUCUAAUCGUCUGAAUACCAAGAAUAUAAACAUCUUUGCGAGAUCUUUUGUCUUUGAAAAAGAAUGUGUAUGGAAUUGCGUCGCGCGAACUUUCUUUUGUGCACGUUUUAUAAAAAGAUUUUAAUAAACAUUCAAUAAAUAGUUUAUUUAUCAUAA